UUAACCCUUGCCUCUCUCCCUUUCAGAACCUGCACGUAUAUGAUGUACGGUAUUCUCAUCUUCAGCAUCAGCGUCCUCAACAACUAUUUCCUGAGUCACUUGGUCUUAUCGGCCUUUGAACUCCCGAGCAAUAUCCUGGGCUGGAUUUUCUCAGACUACCUUGGUCGUCGCUUCACCUGCAUCUUCACCUUCAUUCUCGCAGCUGUGUUUUGCCUUCUUGCUCCGUUUACUCUCCACGACGAUUGGACUCACCUGGUGAUAGUGGCUUUUGUCAAGCUGUUCGUCACGCAGCUGAUAUACGUCCUCUUCUUGCUGAACGCCGAGCUGUUUCCGACGCCCGUCAGGAGCACCGGCUUCGCCUGGCUGCUGGUCUCUGGCUUCGCGGCGAUGUCCGCGGCGCCGUACAUCCUCAAUUCGGGAUUAGGUCCAGCUUUUCCCUACUGGUUCAUGAUGGUCCUGUUGCUCCUCUGUUGCCUGGCCGCUCUCCCUCUGCCGGAAACCCUGGGGCUUCCGCUUCCCCAGACCUUCCAGGAAGCCGAGAACAUAGGCAACGGACGACCCCUUAGGACGUGGAUCCAUCACUGGAACUACGAGAAGUACUGUUUCCCGAGAAUGAACUCCGAAGUGUUAGUUACUUCGAAGAAACCUUACGAUGGGGACUCGGUGACGGAGGAAUCGAAGAUGAUUUAGACUGGGGAUGGAAUGUUGGGUAAAUUUUACUCGAUUGUAGCGUUUUCAAUAAAAUAUAUAUCUAUGUUGA